AUGGGCGAUAUAAAUAUUGAUUGUGAUGACUCAAGUUCGACAGGUUUUGACAGUUUUACAACUUUUUGCGAAACCUACAAUUUAAAAAAUUUAAUAAAACAAAAAACAUGUUUCACAAAUACUCGUGCAUCACAAAUAGAUGUGUUUUUAACAAAUAAACAUGCAUGUUUCCAUAAUUCUAAAUCUUUUGAAACUGGACUUAGUGACCACCACCAUAUGAUUUCUACUUUUAUGAAGACUUUUUUAGUACGUUUAAAAUCGAAAGAGAUAUCGUAUAGGUGUUUUAAAAAAUUUGAUGAGCAAGUUUUUCUUGAAGAAGUGAGGAGCACAGAUUUUUGUUGUGAUAACAUAGAUCCAAAUGAAAGUUAUGAGAACCUUGUACUGAAAUUUCGAAAUAUAAUUGAUAAACAUGCACCUAUAAAAAUUAAAUUAGUUCGGGGUAACGAAGCCCCGUUUAUGAAUAAAAAAUUACGAAAAGCAAUUUACACAAGAUCUCGUCUUAAAAACAAUUUUAACAAAAAUCGAACAGAUCAAAAUAGGUCAAAAUAUAAAAAACAAAGAAAUAAGUGUGUUAGUAUGAGACGACAGGUGAUUAAAGAGCAUUUUAAUAGUGUUAUGGAGGGUGGCAUUAUUCAAAAUAAGAAAUUUUGGAGCACUGUUAAACCUUUCCUUACUAACAAAUCAGGUAAGAGCUCUAAUGAAAUUAUGAUUGUUCACGAUGAUAUUAUAGUAACGGAUGAAAAUGAAUUAGCGGAAAUUUUCAAUGAAGAAUACAUACAUAUAGUUGAAAAAUAUAGUGGAGUUAAACCAGUGUCGCUACGAAAUUAUCAAUCUGAAAAUAGAAAUGAAGUUAUCUCAAAGAUUCUAGAAACAUAUAAAAAUCACCCUAGUAUUCUUGAAAUUAAAAAUUCACUAAUUGAUCAAAAUAAUGACAUGUUGUUUAACUUUAAGGAAGUCUCGAACAAACGCGCUACUGUAUCCCCUAUUGAUAAAGGUGGGAAAGAUAAAUUAUGUGUAAACAACUAUAGACCAGUCAGCAUUUUAAAUAUAUUUUCAAAAUUUUAUGAGAGAAUAAUUAAAUCUCAAAUUGUUGAUUAUAUUGAUAAAAAACUUUCAGAAUUUUUAUCAGCCUAUAGGGAAUCAUAUGGCACACAACAUGUACUUAUAAGAUUAUUGGAAGAAUGGAAACAAAAAUUAGAUAAACAUUACGUAGUUGGUGCAGUUUUAAUGGAUCUAUCUAAAGCUUUUGAUUGCGUGCCUCAUGAUUUACUUAUUGCUAAAUUAAAUGCCUAUGGCUUUAACCAGGAUGCCCUACUUCUAAUUUUAGCGUACCAUUCUGACAGAGAGCAAUCUACCCGCAUAAAUAAUCAGCAUAACUUAAUUAAACUUUUAGAAUGUGAAUCUAAUAUAGCACUAGUGUGGUUGAAAAAUAACAAAAUGAUGGCCAAUCCUAAAAAAUUUCAAUCAAUCAUUGUCACCAGAGAUAAAUGUAACAAUUGUGAUUUAGUGGUAAAAAUUGGUGACAAGUUAAUUAAAACAGAAAGCGAAGUUAAAUUACUAGGAGUGACCAUUGAUAAUGGCUUGAAUUUCGACUCUCACAUUUCUAAACUUAUCAAAAAAACAUCAGCACAAUUGAAUUCACUGUUUAGACUUAGCACGUUUUUAUCUCACAAAGCCAAAUUAACACUGGUACAAAGUUUUAUAUACUCUAACUUUAAUUAUUGCCCUUUAGUAUGGAAUUUCUCUUCAUAUAAAUCUUUGUUGAGAAUUGAACAAAUUCAGAAGAGAGCUUUGCGUUUCUUAUUAAAUGAUAAUGAUAGUACUUACGACGAACUCCUUUUGAAAGCAGGAAAAUACCAAAUGAGCGUCUAUAGACUUAAAACAUUAUGUACAGAAAUAUAUAAGACAAUGCACGAACUCAAUCCGACAUACAUUAAAGAUAUCUUUAAAUUUCAUGGGAGUGGUAGACCAGUGAGAUCACAAAAUGUUAAUAAUUUAACAGUCCCAAAUAUAGAUACCGUUAGUUUUGGAACAAAAAGUCUCUCUUCCCUGGGGCCAAAAAUAUGGAAUAAAUUACCCAAUCACUUGAAAUCCUCAGAGUCUCUUAGUACUUUCAAAAAUGCGAUCAAAAGUUGGAAUGGAAUUAAAUGUUUUUGUGAGUCGGUUUUGAUUAGCACUACUUUUUAG